AUGGAUGAGCCCGGCUCGGCGAGAGUUAACCUCGCCUCAGCCGCCGAGAGGAGGGCAGUGGGGCGGGCUCCCGGCUCCCCACCCCGCCCGAGAGGAGGCGCACCGCCUCCGCCGCCGCCUCCAAGUUGGCACUUUGAAAAUGUCUGUGCCGUGUACCCGGGAAAGGAGAGCUCGCCGAGAGCUCGCCGUGGGCUGCCGGCCCGGGCUGGCGCGCCUCCGGAAGCCCCGCUAGAGCGCCGGACUCCCCCAUGCCCGGCCAGCAUGCUCCGCAGCCUGCUGCUGGCUCUCCUCUGCCUGGGCCGGGCGCCGCGGCCGGGCGCUUCGGGAGCCUCGCUAGCGCGCAGGGCUGAGACCGGCGGGACGCCAGGCCCGAGCGGCAGCGGCGGCCCGGACGCGGAGCCUUGGUGCCCCUACAAGGUGCUGAGCGAGGGCCAGGAGGAGGAGGGCGGGGGCGGCCGCCUAUGCUUCCGCAGCCCGGCCAGCCGCUUCCAAUGCGCGCCGGGGAGCUGUAGGGCGCACCGGUCGCCAGCGGGCGCCCUGCUAGCCAACGUCCUGAUCAACGGGAGCGUCUUGCUGCAGUGGGGCUGGCCGCCCCCGGGAUCCGGGCCGGGAUCGGAGCCCCCGCCGGCCCCUUCGCCACCCAGCCCGCCGGGCCUGCGCGGCUUCUGGCUCUCCUGCUCGUGGGAAGGCGCCUACACGCGUUUCCAGUGCGACUCCGUGCGCCUAGGCGCUGCCUGCAGGGACUACCUCUUCCCCGACGCGCACGGCAGCGUCCGCUACCGCCUCUGCCUCCAGCCCCUGGUCUCCAACGGCAGCGGCGGCCCCGAUCCAGCGCCUCUCCCUCCUCCUCCUCCUGGAUCGGGGCCCCCCGAGUGCGUGGAGUUUACGGUGGAGCCGGCCGGCAUGCGGGAGAUCGUGGUCGCCAUGACGGCCGUCGGGGGCUCCAUCUGCGUCAUGCUGGUCCUCAUCUGCCUCCUGGUGGCCUACCUCACCGAGAACCUCACGCCCCCCGCCGCGGGGCCGGCCCGCCCCGUCCCCCCGGGCGGGGUCUCCUCCCCUUCUGCCUCGGCCAAGCGGGGGGACUGAAGCUGCUACGGAACUCCAUCGCGCGCCUGGAAAAAGCCAGCCCCGGGAAGAGAUGAGAGCACGGUGGCUUUUGGAUGGAACUUCAACCAGGAAUGCCUGCCUAUCAUGAAAUUGUGUGCCCAUCUCUCCAUCAUGGGUUGGGCCUUUCUGUCAACAAUACCACCCUUGUCCAGAUGCUGCAUCCGUCUUCGUCCCCAUAAAACUGUUUCACAUCCACUAUAAGAGAACAUCGUCAUCCUUCUGGAUGUGGACCAACCAAGAACAGUCCUUAUCGGCAACCAGAUCAUCGGUGAACCAACAUCUCAAGAGGAGAGAAUGGAAACAUCUCCACCUCCCUGACACCCAACCGCCGGGAGUUCCUAUUAUCCAAACCGAUUGACGUGAAGGUUCCUCGUCCCUCUGGCCAUCCUGAUCUGAACCGAGUUUAGGAAAACCCCAACCGGAAGCGAAUUUGAACAUUCCAGAUCUGAAAUUUUGAAACACAGGCUUGGAAUUGCUCAGUGUUGGGUUUUUGGAGGAGCAGAUUUCUGUUUCGAUGGGGGAGAAAAACCCCGGAGCGGUUCUUGUUCGUUCGUGGUGGUAUGUUUCCCCUUUGACCUUCUCUCAUCACAGCACAAGUUAGCCGAUCUCUGGGUGGGUAAAAAGUGGUGUUUGGGAUGUUAUAAACACUUUGGAUUUGGAUUCACAAGUUUCACGCUGUCAACGCCGUUUUUGUGUCUAAGCAUCACGCUUGUGUAAUUGUAGGGAAGAGGGAGACUAGGACGAGAGUGGGAGUGUCCUAAUAUCACUUUUACGACUCAAGAAGGUCUGUAGAAAUGCUCGGGUGACGUUGGGUGGAUUUUUAAGACGUUGUGGUCUUAGAAAUGAAUGGAGAUCAUUGACUCUUGGAUUCUUUCGGGACCAAAAGAGACCUGUAGUUAAAUGCACUGUGGCUGAAUUUGGGGCUUGAUUUCACAUUGAGCUUGUCAAUGUAGGAACCCAACCUGGACUGGGGCCAUGGCAUGAAGGUAGAGGGGGCUUAACCCUUUAAUUCUGCAUUGUUUCCCCCUGCAAAAUUUCACUCCCUUUCUGAAAAACUUUGCUGAGCUCUGAGGCAAUUUUCAGCGUGAAAAUGGCACAGGAUUAAAGGGUUCCAGGACCACAGGGUAGAGGACAGAGCCACCACCACCAUAGCUUGGUAUCUGAAUGAGACAAUAACCUUCAAAGUUGACCGUGGUAUAUUUAAUGUCCGGGUUAACUUGGUCCUUGCCGAAGUAGGAAGAAAUACAAUCCAUAUGAAUACGGCAUACUGCUUUUCAACAAAAGUUCCCAAAGCGGUUUACAUAGCUAUGAAUAAAUUAAAAGGCUCCCUUUCCCCCAAAGGGCUCACAAUCUAAAAAAGGAAACGUAAGCCAGACACCAGCCACAGCCACUGGAGGGGUGCCGUGCGGGGGAUGGAGAGGGCCAGUUGCUCUCCCCCUGCGAAAUACAAGAGAAUCGCUAUUUUUAAAAGGUGCCUCUUAGAUCUUUUUCUGCUGCUGUUAACUUAACAUACUGAGAAAAAUUGAUGCUCACACCAUUAGGCUUACUGGGUGUUGGUGUGGGUGACAAGUCCAGAUUCCUUGCAAAUGAAAACUCUCGGGUGUAAGAAACCAACCUUGCUGUUCACACUCUUUUUGUCCCUGUCCUCCCAAAGUGAAAGCAAAUUCUUGUCACCUGCUUGGCAGUAAGUUGGCCAUCCUUAAAAUAGGUCUCAGAGUUAAUUGCCAUAACCCUGAGGUCUGUGGGGUUUUGAUGUGCCCCUAAAAUCCAGCAGCACAAGCCUAUUCGGCUGCACAUGUGAAGAAUUUCCUGAUGUGGAGGACCUGAGCAUACCCCUACUUGUGGGCUUGGAGCAUCUCAACCAGCGUCCUUGUUGAGGGGAAGCAUAUAGCUAUUGAGGAGAGUCCUCGGCGGACUGUAUGGGCUGCAGGGUGUGUUAUAAUGCAUAUAAUGUCAAUAAAAAGGUUUUCUGCUAGGCAAGGGCCACAAAGCUAUGGCCCUCCUGUUUUGGACUACAACUCCCAUCAUCCCCAGCCACAACAGCCUUCAGCCAAGCAAUACACAAGAUGACAGUUGGGUGCUUUGCAAUCCGAUACGGAGCGCCAGUGAAUACUGGACCGAGUCAAAAGAAUUGUGGGUCCAAGCCGAGAAAUACCAGAUCCAGUCAAAGGAAUACCGGAUCCGGUGGGCAUGGGUUGGGGAGUGGGGGGGUUGGAGUCCCACAACAUCUAGGGUGGGAACCCAUAGCCUAGUAAAUGGAGGAGAAGAACAGCCUUAGCUGGAUGGGACUAAACGUCCAACAUCCUUUCCCCCAUGGCAGUCCUGGAUGCCAUUGGGAUUGGGAAACCCGUAAGCAGAAGUCUGAAGGCCCUAUCCUGUUCUGUCCCAAGCUUCAGCUAAUCAGAGGUAGACUGCUCCUGUUCGUGAAGGCUCAGUUCCUCACCAUGAUGGCUGGAAGGAAUAUGAUCAAAGAUCCAUUUAGUCCGGUGUGUUGCUUCCCACUGGGGAAAGCCCCAAAGCAGAAAGUGAAGGCAACAGAUUAUCCAUCCUUGCUCCCCAACAAUGGCUAUUCAGAGACAUCCUUCCCUAAAACACACUUUAAGACACACCAGAUGAGAUCCUGGAUAGUAACUGCCUCACGAUCAUCCUGUGCACAAAUACCACACGAUAUAAAAUAUAGACUGACUAUUUCUUUGGGUGCAUCUCAUUUAAGUCUCCGUUUUGUUUUGUCUUGAUUUGAUCACCCGGCUGUUGAAAAUCCAGUAGAAGAUCUUUCUAGUUUUUCAAUAGAUCUAUUUAUUUUUUUAAGAAACUGGUUUUAAAGAGAUAAGAAAACAUAUUCCUGGGCAUAUUAUGUUUUGUUGGGUUCUGUGCUUCUAUGUUCCAGAGGGCUAACCUUUAAAAUCCAGCAAAGUUCCUUGUGGUUGUUUAAAGACUAACAGUGGCAUAAGUUUCUGUGGCCCAGAGGCCAUGUCCUGAGAUGUACAGAUUGGCCACUUAAAAGCCAAACUAGUCAAUAUGCCUAUUGUGUGCCUCGGGGCUGCAGAAACCCACUAGUCUACUAGUCUGUGACGAGUGAAAAAUGAUGCCUGACGAGUGAAAAAAGUCCGGAUGAGCAAUGUACCAACAUAGCCUGGUGAGUAAAAUAUUUUGUCUGGCUGAUAAACUGAGCCAACAUUUCUUCAUCCCUUACGGCUUAUGGGUUUGGCUUUUUAAAAAGUGUAAAUAUCAGUCACAUGAAGCCUCUUCUUUCUCCAUGUGAUCAAGUCCCUUCUUCCUUCCUGGAGGCUGGAUUGGGGCCCUGUGCAGCUGCUAUAUAUUUUUUUAAAAACCCAAACGCACAAGCCCUAAUUGUGCAGUUGGCGUAUCGUCUAGUUUGAUCCCGAGUAAAAGGAGAAGAAAUCGCAUUUUCUCUCUUUUAAAAUCUCUUUUACAGGAUGAGGUCAAAAGGCUAUCUAAAUCAAGAGAUGGCUGUUGUGUGCUUCAUAAUCUAUACAGGACACAAACGAAUACCCAAUCCAAUCAAAUGAAUACGGUCUGAUCCUGUGAAUACCGGAUCUGAUCAAAUGAAUACUGGUUCCCAACCUGCGAAUACCAGUCCUAAUCCCAUGAAUACCAACUCUAAUCCAAUUUAUAUCAACUCCAAUUGGCACGGGUAGGACCUUACCUAGUGGUUAUAGUAGGACAUAGGAUAGGAAGAUCAAUUGUGUGCAAAUACACACCAAGGAAGCAGUAAUUCUAUAAGGAGCAAACCACUCCCAGGAUCUGCUGAGAUCCAUUUUGCUAGUGUCUCCCAAUUUUGCAGCUUUGUACUGGAUUCUCUUUUCAAGCCAUUGCUGAUUUGUUAAAAAUCUGCUACCGAAUGCCCUUAGAGGUUAAAAUGUCCCUCCCCUGGUUUCUGAGUCACUGUCUGAUUUGUGUUCACUUACCCUUCUGUGUCGAGAUAGACUUGUUGGGCUUGUGGAUAGAUGUAUUCUGCACAGAAGGAUGACACUUCAUGCAUCUAAAGUGGACUCAAGUCUAUGAAAGUUUAUGCCACAACAAAUCUCUCUGUAUUCCAGGUAGGAAGUCAAAUGAAAAACUGGUUCAGAGAGGUUUUUUUUCAGGGAACCAGAUCCAAACUAGGGAUGUGCAGGAAACGGAUUUUGCUAUUCGUUUCGAGCUCAAAAUGAAUAGCAAAAUCCACGAAUCGGUUCAUCAAAACAGCGGCCGAAGCCGGCUGUUUUGAUGAAUCGACCUUGAAACGUUUUGGGUGUUUUGAGUGCCAUUUUGAGGCUGGUUUUUCGAGGGAGAGCUGGUCUACCAAUUAGGGUGCGUGGGUAAAGCAGUUCUCCAGCCUGAUCUCGCCGCCUCACAUGGUGGGUAGACAAACCCUCUGCCCCAACGUCGGCCUGCCUUGGAGGACUGGUCUACCUGCCAACCCCAGCUCUCUUCAGAAAAAAAAAGACUUUAAAAUGGCGCUAGAAACACUUGGAACGUUUCAAGUUCGAGCUGUUUCGUUUCGAGCUCGAAACAGGCCCUUUAUUUUAAGGGCGUUUCGUUUUGAGCCAAAAGACUUGAAACGGCCCGUUUCGAGCUCAAAUCAAUUCAAGCUCAAAUCCAUUUGCACAUCUCUAAUCUGAACCUAAUCUAAUCUCUAAUCUGAACCUAAUCUCUCAGUCAUCUGGAAUCGAAUCCCUUAAUGCAAAAAGUGUUAACUGGUUCAGAACAGUUGUUUUGUUUUGUUUUGCUUUGCUGUAAAGCGCUCAGAGACAGAAGUUUGGGGCGGUGGACAAAUAAAUCAAUCCACAGUUCCAGAACGGGGCACUUUGAUUUCAAUUGUAUGGCUCAUGUUUUAUUUCCCGGCCUGGGGUUUUAUUUUGCUUUGUCAGUCCUAUUGUGUCUAUUUCGUUUGUAAACCUCCUUAAAAAAAAUCAGGAAAGCAACAGCUUGAACAAUAAAUAUUUUUUUUUCUCAA